CUCCUCUCUCCCCCCCCCCCAAUGUUCCGCCAUGUUGAUCUCAACAUUCCAAAUAUCCUUCUUUGCCCUUUACUAUAUAACAUUGGCGCGUCCAUGAUCAUUCUGCUUGAAUUCUACCAUCUAUAACUCCAUCAAUCAUCCACUCCAUCCAUCGCUCUCUCCACCAUAGCCCGUCUUUUAGACUCGGAGCUACCGUGAACGGACAAUCGCUGGUCAACACAAGCUCAACCAACAACCAACAUCACUCGAUACGGGAGCUACGAGUGAGCGAGGGAGGCUCUACUAUAGUGCGAAUCCAUUAGCCUCCCCGUCAUUCUCUUUCUCCCUCCCGAAACAAUGGCAGGCACAUCCCCUCGCCGUUCCAUCCGCUCUCGUCCCCUCACACAGCAAAAUUCGAACUCACACCACUCCUCGGCCUCUUCGAACUCAUCCAGCAGAGGAGAGCGGAAUACACGAACAUCUGCGAAGGCCGAAUCGCCGCGGAAGCUCACCUCGAACGAAUCGCUCUCCUCUGAGCCUCUCGACGACAGAGUCGCGUCGUCCAUCGAGGAGUCGCUAUCGACACGCCGGCGGAAACGUGGGCAGACGGACGAACAAGAUAAAGAAUUGAAAGACAAGCGAUCAGACAUGCCUAACGGCAUCAGCGAACCUGUCGGCGAGGAUGACGAGGCCGUUCGCUGCAUCUGUGGCAGCGACGACUACCCGGGCCCGCCUCAGAUCAGCGACGAGGACAAGAAGGGCAUCAAAGAAGUCGUCGAACCCGACCUUAUAACCCCCGAAGACUACACCGAGGAUCUGGCCGGGUUUUUCUUGCAAUGCGACAUGUGCAAGGUAUGGCAGCACGGCGGCUGCGUCGGGAUCAAGAACGAGGACAUGAGCCCCGACGAAUACUUUUGCGAACUAUGCCGCAGCGACCUUCACAAAGUCUUUACAGCCUCCAAUGGGCAAAAAUACUCGCACUACCUCCCCCUCUACCAACACCAACACCAGCAGCACCAGACAACGCUGUCGCGCAGCACCAGCCGCGCCAGCCGCGCUGCCUCCUUCUCGAAAGACGGCACGCGCUCUCCCCGCGCAGGGAGCAAGAACGGCCGCCCGACAUCGAGCAGCAUGAUGAGCGCGAACCAGAAGCGACGCUCCACGAUGAACAGCCGCGACGCUGCGUACGACGAGGAAGAGCAGCUGCGCCGCGCAAUCGAGGCGAGCAAGGGCGAGAAGUCGGAGAGCACCGACGGCGGUGGUGGCACAAGGCGCAAACGCGGCCGUAGCGAUAGCGAGGAAAAGCCAGACUUCCCCAAGCGCCAACGCACGCUCUCGAACUCCCCCUCCCCCCAGAAAGAAGCCCCCACCCCCUUCGGCCCCUCCAACGACUCCGACGAUGCGGAGGCAACACGACCGGUAGGCGCGAAGAAGAUCCGCGGCGCAGCGGCACGGAAUCAUCGCGAGAAGGAGGCGCGAGAGGAGCGGGAGAAGACGAGGCUCGAGGCGGCGAAUAAGAGGAAGGGGAGAGCGGAGAGGAGGAGGGUUGAUGACCUCGAACCACCAGAAGACCUCCUCCCCCCCCAACCAACAACCACAAACACAUCCGCACCCCCCACCUCCACACCCUCCACAGACGACCAGCCCAUCCCCGCUCCCAAACCCCCAGCUUCUAUACCCCCCUCCUCCCCUCCCCCGCCGAAGACAACACCCUCCACCACCACCACCACUGCCACAACAACCACUACAACAACAACAGCCACUUCCGCCCCCACAACAACGACAACAAGCCACAAAAAAGGCGGUCGUCCCCCGCACACCCGCAAGGGGAAGGUGGGGAAAAACCAGUAUACCCGCGAUCGCGACGUGGAGGAUAGUAAUACCCACAUCUCCCCGCGGCGCAGCGAGAGUCGCGAGGGAGGAGGUGCCUCUGGAGCUGGUGGUGGCGGGAGGGGCGGGGAAGAAGGCCGACGAGGUGGAGGUGGUGGUGGUGGCGGCGGGAGAGGGAAAACGAGUUUACUUGAGAUGCGACGCAGGGUGGCGGGGAUGUUGGAGUUUAUCUCUAGGACGCAGGUUGAGAUGGCUGAGACGGGGGAUACGGGGGAGGCGGAGAAGAUGGUUAGGGCGCUGGGGGGGGUUGUGGGUGUUGAUUUUGGGGGGGGUGCGGGGACGGGGAAUAAUGCGGGUGGAAGGGGAGGGGAUAAUAGGGCUGAUGAUGAUAGGCCGAGGGAGUUUGGGGAGUUGAGUCUUUUGGGGAUGAUGGAUGUGUUGACGGGGGAGCUGGUUAAGUGGCAGAAGGCUUUUACGUGA